GUCUCAGGGGAGCGGCUUUUUAUGGCAGUGUGAAAGAGUUUUGAUUAGGUAAGUUUCAUCGUGUGUUUCGUGUGUAGUACCGCCAGAACCACGAGUCGAAAGUUACUCUUCAUCAGGGUAAUAUGGAUGAAUCAGCAUGUUCAGUAUGACGAGUGCGAUUGACAGCCGACAAGAGCCUUUGCUCUCGGCGCCUUCGACCGGCACCGGACAAGCACAAGAGCAAGCCCGAGGAACCGGCAGCAAGUUCGCCCAGGACCUAUACGAGAGAUUUUGGCCAUUAUACGAGAAGGCGGGAUCCAUUGCGGUAGCCUGUUUUCUACCCGUUGGGGUUCACUAUUCGCAGCAGCUAGACGGGUUGAAGCCGUUCUUUUCUGCCGACGAAAGAUGGAGCCCGCGGAUAGAUGGUACCUACUGGGGCCUCCUGCAGACCACGUAUACCAGUCCGAACCUGAUUAUUCCGCUCUUUGCUGGGGUUUUGGUGGACAAUUUGUACCGCCCGGCUUCGGUUUGUCUGCUGUUUCUCUGCAUCACCUUCUCUGGGCAGCUCAUCUUUGCCUGUGCGACCUUCUGGAAUUGCUUUCCGCUGCUCUUCGUCGGGCGGUUUGUCAGUGGAUCUGGCGAGGGCUGCAUCGCGCUUAUGUCCUCCGCGAUUCUGGCCAACGCGUUUUUCCAACAAACCGGCAAAGACAAGGUACCAACGGCAAGUGCUGACACUUCCUGGUCGACACAACAAAAUGCCGAGGAAGAUCCCGAGUCUGCGGCUGCCUUGGAGAGAAAAACCAUCGCGAGCAACGCCGCUGCGCGGCGGCGCUGUCUCGCCCUCGCGCUGGGAAUCAGCGAGCUGGUUCACGCAGUGUCAAAUACGAUGGCGACGUCGCUCGCGGUUCCGGUGACAGACUAUUUUCACGGCGAGUACUGCGCCGCACUGUUCGUCGCCUGGGCUGCUUGCGGAUUUUCGCUGGUCGUCGGCCUGUUGGCAUACCGAUACCAGGAGGAACUCGGCAUGGACCGCGCGUUCGCGCCCGCAGGCGCCGAGGCUGGUGGAUUGAGCGGCAUGGGAAGGCACAGCUUACACCAACAAUUGUCGCCAAAACUCAUGUACUAUCGAGAAGUGAGUCAGGAAGCAGACGCGGGAGUCGGCACCACUGCCCUUCGGCUUGCUGCGACUGGAAGCAGUGGAGAAGUUGUAGAGACAGGAGCCCCCGGGGGCGCAAUAAAGAGAGAAGAUGGCAGCGGAGAAGAUGUAGAAAUGAGUCGCAACAAGGGGCCAACACCGACGACCGCGCUCCCGCCGAUUCCGCCGUCGUUUACGUUUUCGCGGCAGACAAGCUCGAAUAGUGCUGACGCUACCAGCAACAGAAUCGAUCGGUCGACGGGAUCGAUACGAGACGUGUUGAAACGACCACUGCUAACACCUAAAUCUUGUUGCUCCGCUGGCUCCGCGGCGUCAGCAACCUCGUCACCCUCUCUCGCUGGCGCAACGAUCUCCAAUCACCCCACAAACUUGGUGGCGCGAACGGUAUACGCAGGUUUACAUUUAUAUUUAUUAACCAAGCAAGAGCAAGAUGAAAAUUUGAUUUACAUGCUGCAGGAAGUUUAAACAAUUUUUCUAUAUGUUUUUGCGACGGCGCAGUUUUUAUUUUUUUGAGUAUGCUGGUGCAUUCCCGUCUCGAGAGGUUUCGUUUCAGCACGACUACAGGAAAUAAAAAUAAACUCUUUACCACGGAAACUCACUAUGAAAUUUCAGCUCCAACGCCGAGAAAGCGAGGAUAUGCACACUGUUCCCGUUUUGUUCUACCCAGCAGAACCGGCUGGAGGCAGACCGAAAACGGACUCAAGAAGACCGAGCUCCGAUAGACUAGACGCCAAAGUGUCCGUAUCAGGAGCAGGUAAGCCACCCGAGGGCCCGGUUUCUGGUCGUCAGAUUUCAGAUUCAGCGGAGUCCUCAUCAUCUUCGUCCACAGCGCGGGGAGGUCGUGCAAAUGAGCGAAUUGCCGGGACUGGCAUUAGCAUGCCACCACCAGCCAGCGCAUCUCAAUCCGCACCUGGACCAAACCAGGAGCAGAAGUUUUAUCAGACUACGGCAGCUGGAGCAACUCUCUCAACGCACGAUGAGUCGGCCGAAAUUAAUCCAGCAGUUUUCGAAAUUGGAAGCGGUAUGAUCAGUAGUUACCCGCCCGACAGUGCUGGCCCAUCCGAUAACAAUCCGGAAAAUACACAGAGCCAAAUCGAGUGGUGGCGACAGUUUUAUGCGGGUUCCGACGGCUUCUGGUGUGUGCUGAUCUUCCACGGCGCUUUCUCGGCGAGCCGCCGACUGUUCGGACAUGUGGACGUGGAUUUCUUCGCGACGCAGUACAAUUUGUCGCUUCUCGACGCCGGUUACCUGGCGGGACUGCAAUCGAGCGGUGGCGUAGCGAUUCCCAUCCUGGUCGGCAUUUUCUUUUUGCGACUCCAAGAAAACGAUACAGAAGCGACAUCAUCAUCAACCGCAACUUCAAGCACGGAUGAGACCAAAGCAGGGUCGUUUUCAUCACGGCUGCGCGCUGGUGCGCUUUCCCGGAAACUGAAAAUCGUAUCCCUCUCUCUGCUGAUUUUCUGUGCGUUUUUGAUGGCGUUUUCCUACCUUUGGUUCGCGUUCGCCUGGAACCCGGUGGAGUUACCGAUCUUCGCGUUGAUGCUCGUGUCCGGGAUCGAGCCGACGGUGUUGAAGUCGCUAGUUCCCCUCACGACUCUCCACCUCGCCACGGCGUUCGGCUGUUUCGAGACCGUGGAGUGCCUGGUGAAGACUUUUGGCGGCCCGACGGUCGGCGCCUUGCGCGACGAGUUUGGGAACUACUCGGUGGACCUUCUCAUUUUCGCAUUUGUUCUGCUUUCGGCCGCGCUUUUCGGCUGCAUCUACCUGUACCGGUUCGUCGUGCGGAUUAAUAGGAGGUCAAAGGAAAGUGGAGAAGGUGAAGGAGCUGUGACGACAACAUAAUGACAAAACGAACCGAUCCUCCCGUGUGGCGCUUUGUGGCAGCUGCAGCUUACUUGGAUCUGAUUCCUCGCUGGCGCCACGGUGGAGAGCACAGGACGGCCCACAAAUGUAUCCCAGGUGGAUAAACGCUGACGAUUACACGCGAGCUUCGCAUCGUAUGAUCGCUACGCGACUUCUGAAGUUGUCAAUCUUCAGGGAGCUGCAGCGCUGCGUCGUGGUUGUUAUGUGCUAGCUAGUACGUCUACUUCUACAGCACAAUGACGGCGACGUGCUCUGCGAAUGAGCUCGGAACGCCGGGCUGUACAUCUCGGCCAGCGUAGAAGCAGAUCAUGGACCAUUGAAAAAAUGAACUCGGACAGAAAAGCGCGUUUACUGCAUGUGCGGCAGGACGAGGAAAAGGAAAACUCUCCAGCCCCACUAGGAGUGCGAAAGCGGAUGCAACAGUAAUGAACGACACCAAGGACUUCUUGUUCUUGGAGAGACGAUUUAUUAGCGGCGGCCAGCUUAUGUCACCUGCCGGGUUAGGGUUCUACGGAAGUGAAUGAAAGAAGAAGAUCUGAAUGAAAAUUAUUUCGAUGAAAGCAGACGACAAAAUAAAGCGAAGGAAUCGAAGCAGCAGCUGACUUCAAAACAUCCUGGCACUGGAGCUAGAGAGCUGUCU